AUGAACCACCCACGCAGUCUCAUAUCAUCCGCCCAGGCCCUACGCCAGGUCUUCAUCGCACCCGUUCGCAUCUCCAGAGUUAGCAUGCUUGCAUUCAGGCCUCCUCAGAAUGUCCCACAGACUCGAUUUUUCCACCAAUCCCGUUGCCUUGAGCUUCGAGCAUACCGACCACCUGUCGAAAAGCCGCCGAUAAACGAAGCCAUCCGGGCGUCAUUUGUCCAAGUUGUGAACGAUGAAGGUGACCUCGACCCUCCGACCAGACUAGAGGAUGUCCUUGAAAGUUUUGAUCACGCCGAAUUCUUUCUUCUCCAGGUGCAAGAAGGAGAUAAUGACAACCCGCCGGUUUGCAAGGUCUACAAUAAGAAAGAAGUGCGAGAACAUGAAAAGGCCAAAGCAAAGUCAGCUCGCGAAUCCAAGGUUAUAUUCAAACAAAUUGAACUGAACUGGGCAAUCGAUGCCCAUGACCUGUCGCACCGCCUGAAACAACUCUCGACCUUUUUGGAGAAAGGCCACAGGGUGGAAAUCCUAUUGACCACCAAAAAGCGCAAACGCAGUCCUACAGUGGAUGAGAUCAAACAGGUCAUGCAGAGUGUUUUAAACACAGUCAGAGAGGCCGGUGGAACUCAAACCAAGGCAAUGGAGGGGGAACCGGGAAAGCAACUCAGGAUUACUGCACAGAAAAAUAUCUAG